CUAAAGGAUUGCUAAAUGACGAACAAAUUAUUCUUAACAGCCAUCAAUAACCAUUGUUUUUAAUUUCGCAAUAUAUCACUUUGCAGUGACCCCUACAACGGAAGGGGGGUCCGAAGCAACUGCUUCUAUACUAUGGGGCAAAUUAGUUUGUUAUCCGAUAUUUCUUAUCAUAAAAUUAUUUUUCCACUUUCAAGAUUUGACGCAAAAUUAAAAUUUUAUCAAAGUGAAUAAUCAUUAUCAAAAUAUGCCCAAAAAUAUUAACCAAAAAAAAUAUAAAUGCUUAUCUCGCAAUCAAGCCUUCUGGGGGAACAGGCAACAAGAUGGCAAUAUGAUGAGCCUUAUUAAACUUAUUGCAGAUUCUGAGCCUGUUCUUAAAAUGUAUAUACAAGAUAAUGAAGAAAGAAGAAGUGAGAAAAAAAUUAAGGGAUUAAAAUCUAAAUUAUAUUCAAAUCUGUUAUCAUAUAAUAACAUAAAUAUUCUUAUUGAAACCAUGAAAAAUAUGGUUAUAAAAAAAAUUCAAAAGGAGAUUGUAUUCAACAGGUGCCCAUUCAAUUAUAGUUGAUGGCACAUAUGAUGUAUCGAGAUCAGAAGCAAUAGCUUUGAUAGUGAGAUAUGUUGAAAAUAGCGAGACACCUAAGCCCGUUGAAAGGCUGAUAGACAUUUAUUGUACGGGAAAUACAACGGGCCUCGAUAUUAAAAAGAAUAUAAUAUCCAAGCUUGGCUCUAUGAAUCUACCCCUCGAAUUCCUAGUAGGGCAAAGCUAUGAUGGCGCCUCAAACAUGAGUGGAAGAAUUAAUGGAGUGCAGGCUUUGAUUAGAGCGGAGGCGCCAAAGGCAGCUUUUAUUUGGUGCUAUUGUCAUCGAUUAAAUUUAAUAGUUGUUCAAUUAUGCCAAUCAGUAAAAGAGCUGCGAAAUGUCUUAGGAAUAUUAGACGAAAUUUACGUAUAUUUUAAUGGUGUUAAAAGAUAUGAAGUGCUCAAAACAUGUCAGAGUGAUUUACUGACAAAAUCACAUAGAUUUUUACCCAUCAAGAAUACCACUCGAAGCUGGCUAACAUCAUAUAAGGCGAUUGUAAAUUUUUUCCUACUUUAUGAUGCUUUGAGGGCAGCUUUGGCAAAUUUAAAGGAUUCUGAAGAUCCUGCCACUUCCACUAUGGCUAGUGCUAUAGUCUAUAGAAUAGAAAAAUUUUAUUUUAUUUUAUCACUAUGUGUUUUGGAUAAAAUAUUGUUGAUAACAAGCUUGGCUUGUACAAAAUUGCAAACCAUUUCGAAGGAUAUAGGGUUUGCAAUAAAUCAAAUUCAAUUGGCAAAAGAUUGCCUGAUUAAUAUGAGAAAUAAUAACACUGAAUUUUUGGAUGUCUUUUCAAAGGCCCAAGAUUUUAUGAAGAAGAGAAAUUUACCUUUUGAUUUUGAAAGUUCAAGACUUCAAACAUUACAAUCCAAAAAGGAGAGCUUUAAAAUCAGUGUGUUUUAUGCUGCACUUGAUUUAAUUAUUAUGCAGUUUAGUGAAAGAUUUAACGAUGAAUCGAUAAAAUUUUUGAGUCAAACAUCAUUUUUUACCCCAAAGGGAAUGGCGGCAAAGGCAAUUGUUAAAGAUGAUAUCAAGGAUAUCUGUAAAUUUUAUCAAUUAAAUACAAGUCAAGUUUUUGAGGAAAUGUUGAUGUUUAGAAAUAUUUAUAAAAUGGCUAAAACGGGGGACGUAAUUAUUAUUCGUGACCUAGAGGUUAAAGAAGAUUUGUCAGAUUCUGAGAAUUCUUCUUCUGAUGAUGAUAAUAAUUCUGAGAUGAAUGAUUCAGACUGGAGAAACUAUUCAUUUAUUUUACCUUAUCGUCUGCUUAUAAAUUUUAACAAUUUUAUAUAAAUAUUUAUUAACUAUUCCUACUACAUCAUGUAAUGCCGAAAGGGUCAGGAGUAAAAUUAAACUAAUUAAAACAAGACUUCGUAGUGUCAUGAAAGAUCCAUUUCUUAAUAAUUUAACCAUUUUAUCAAUGGAAAAUAAUUUAUUUAAACAAUUAAAUAUUGAUGAAAUUAUAAAUUCU